AUUCACUCACAAAUGUAUUUUCUCACAUCAGCACAUACAGCAGAAUUUUUUGUCAUGACAAAUAAAGUUUAGGGAUUUGAAUGAGUAGUUAUCGUAAAGGAGCCUUUUGUUUGUCGUGCAGGUCCCGGUUACCAUAACGACCGUCAAGAUGGCAGCGGAGAAAACAGGAGAUAAGCAUGCUGCAUCAGACGUUUUGAGAGGACUCCACCGACACCUAAACUGUCUGAACGAAGACAACAAAAUGACACGAAGGAGAGCUCUUGAGCUGAUAAAGAAGGAGACUGUUGAUAAAGGGCUCUGCAGCGGUGUCUUACAGGAAAUAUUAUCUUCCCUCCUCAAGCCUCUUCUCAAAAGCCUGUCAGACCCUGUGGAGCGAUGCAGAGAAACCGCACUUGUCACAAUAACUGACUUUAUUCGAUGUGUUCCCAGACCGGAGGAGUCGCUGUCUUAUCUCAUGCCCUGUCUGGCUCAGCGUUUUGGGGAGAAGGAGACCUUAGAACCGUCGGAGGAGCUUCGGCUGUUAGCCGUGGAGCUGUUGACUCUGACGGUGGAGGUGUGCGGGAAGCACUUAGCGCCAUAUCUGAACGAGAUGAUUAACAUACUGCAGAGAACGAUCGUUGACCCUUUCCCGGAUGUUAAAAGAGAGAGCUGCAAAUGCGUCGUGAGUUUUGCGAAAUGUGUACCAGAGCACUUUCACAUGCAGGCUGAGAGUCUGGUGAAGCCUCUCAUGCAGACGAUAACCCAUCAACACUCUCGGGUGCGAGUGUCAGUCGUUGAAGCCACCGGGGCGGUCAUUCAGCACGGUAGUGGGAAAAAUGUGGAUGAUGUACUCUCACACCUGGCACAAAGGCUGUUUGAUGACUCACCACAGGUGAGAAAAGCUGUAGCUGCGGUUGUUGGUGGUUGGCUUUUAAAUAUGAGAGACCGAUACUCCUACUUCCACAAACUCAUUCCACUCCUGCUGAGCAGUACCACCGAUGAGAUCCCAGAAAUCAGACUUUUAGCUGCUGAUCUAUGGAAGCAGGUCGGCGCUCAGUGGGAGCAGGAGAAUGAGGACGACAUAAAGGACAAGAUGGACUUCCUUCUAACCCCACCUCUUCACUACCCACCAGGAGUGGAACGUCCAGGCCUGGGUUGCAGAGAGUUGGUUGUGAGAAACCUGGGGCGACUGGUACCAGCUAUCAGCCAUGAUGUGACGGACUGGCUGGUGCCGACGCGGGUCAGGACCUCCCAGCUCCUCUCCGUGCUGCUGCUGCAUGCAGAGGACCACACCACUCAGCACCUGCAGCCGCUGCUGGCCACGCUCUACCGGGCCUGCGCUGACUCAGAGAGGGAUGUGGUCAACAACUGCCUGGCAGCUGCUAACCUGAUGGGGACCUUCGUCCCUCCACCUGUCUUCCUCAAGCUGCUGCUUGAUCAUGUGACAAGCCCAUAUUCUUCCUCCCACCCCUGGCCCCCCCUCAUGGUGCUGGCUGCGGUGCUGGGAGGCUGCUCCAGAGAGCUACUGAAACCACAUCUCCAGCAGAUUGCCAACACUCUGGUCCAGCCUGCCGUGUGCCAGGAAUAUCAGCAGGUUAUGUACUUGGAGCAGUUGUUGGCGUGUGUGACUGUGCUGCUUAAUCAGUGUGAGUCAGAGUGUGGGUCAGUGAGCCUGCAGCUGCUGCAGGUGCUGGUCACUGUCCAGAGCCUCUCCACGGAGCCACAACUCAGUGCAAAGGCCAUGGAGAGCACACACUCUUUGAGUAAGGUGCAGGGCCUGGACUCGACCGAGCUCUACAGGAGACACAUGAGACAGCUGCUGGACUGGUUGUCUGCCUCUGUCAACACCUGGACGAGCUACUCCCCACAGAGACUCCAGCUACAAAUUAUAGUCAUGCAAUCAGGUCCAGUUAUUGGGGAGUUUGUGAGCCAGCUGAUGCCUCUUCUUCACAGCUGUCUCCAGCCAGACAAAGACACAGAAAUGAGGAUGAUGAUUUUCACCAUGCUUGCCAAACUACUGCUAGAUGCUAACAACACACUGGAUUCCAAAGGACAUUUCCGUGAGGAGUCUGAGAAGUUUGUGUGUGACAUCCUGCUUCCGAACCUGGUGUGGCGUGCAGGCCGCACCGCUGGUGCCGUCCGAACUUCAGCUCUCAGCUGUCUGCUGGCCCUGCUGCAUGGGGGGAGCAUCACAGCUGGACAGCUUCUGUGUUUGGAGGAACAGCUGAGCCCCCGGGUGUUUUCAGCCCUAGAGGAGGACUCUCAGACCAGUAGGCUGUUUGCUUGCCGCUCGCUUUCUGCCAUGCUCGGACUCAUAGGAACCAGUUUGCACCACGAGGCUCUCAACAAGAUUUAUCCUGAGCUGCUGAAGCGUCUGGACGACAGCAGCGAGGAGGUUCGUGGCAUCGCCCUGCAGGCUGUGGGCCUCUGGCUGUCCAGUCUGACCACAGACUACAACCCGGAGCUCUGCGCUCCUCAUCUGCAGCUCCUCUUUCAGCAGCUCCUCCUGCACCUGGAUGACCCCAACAGCUCGGUGCAGGACCAAGUGCUCG